AUGAAGUCGUUCGUUGCUCUUGCGUUGCUUGCAGUUGCAGAUGCGUAUCAAUCCAACACUCCAGUACAGUGCCCACGGCUCAGGAAUGCUAUCACAGCAGGCGGUAGUCAAAAGGCGGUGACGGCGUUCUGCUCGAGUUACCUGUCGAUCAAGCCGAAAACAGCGGUGUUGACUUCAACAAUCAGCACCAUCACGACCAUCACCGUUGCAAAAACCAAUGGCAGGAAACGUGACGUCCGCAAGUCCCAGCCAAAGCCCGGCUGCCUCAACAGCUACAAGCCAGGACCUGAGCUCUCCUCUGCUUGCAAAUGCUUCUCAAUCCAGGCUUCGACUUCGACGACUCGGACGACGAAGGUCGCCACUUCGACAUCGACCAUCACUAGUGGACUGGUCACGAGCACUCUCACCAAGGUCGCCCCAUUGCAGACGCCAGGCGCUUUCGGUCUCGUCGCCAUCACAGAGGACACUCCAUCCGGCGAGGGUUCCGCCGGCCUGCCUGAUGUCGACUUUCGCGCUCCCGCAGAUCCACUGACUCAGUACGCCUUGUACAGCUCGAGGAACCGAAUUUUCUCCCUGACGGAGACCAAUGAGCUUUACACACGAGGCUGCGGCUAUGGCACAGUGUUGGCCACGGUUCCCGACAACGGGACAUCGAACAGGGUGUUCUACAGCGAGGCGGCACAAAAGCCAGCGGGAUACUCGAACCCAACUUGCAGCAUUGCGCUGCAGAAGGACAGUACCUGCGUGAUGGACUUCCUUCCGGAGCUCGUUCAGCGCUUCCAAAUACACACCAAUGCUUUCCAUUCUCCGGACAUGAGAAGGGGGAAGCCUGCGCGCAGAAUCCGAACCGAUUUGCGAGAAACAUCGACGACAUCUGCUCGUGCUGAUCCAAUAUGGUAUGGCAGUCGGCGAUUGCCAAAGCUUCGGCGCCAGCUGUACUCCGCAUAUCGCGGCAAUAUCGAACCUCACUUGCCCGCUAAACUUCGGCUUACAUGCCAAAAGCGGAACUCACAUGCCGGAAGCGGAACUGUAGUUAAUAGCUUUAACGGAACAGGGUUGGGUAAUCUGUCUAAUGCCGAAGAAGUAGAAGUAUUUAGACUAGAGGAGGAUUCUAGCUCGGACGAUAAGGAUAGAUUUAAGUCGAUUCUCCCGUAUAAGUUAGAGGGCUGGGAUAAGGCGAGACUGUGCAACCCUAAUACCGCCGGAUCUUCGAAGCUACAGAGAAGGCUAGCGGCAAGCCUAGUAAUCUUCCCUACUACUCUGAAGAAACGCGGCCGGGAGGAAGAUGUUAAUAAAACGCCGGAAGAGCAGACUGUCGAGCAGCCUGGAUUCCCUAUGUAUAAGGGUAAUGUUAAGUCGAAGAAGAAGAGGGGCAACAAGGAAGGAGAGGUUAUUCACAGGAAGGGAGACGUGAAAUACUCUAAGGCUAUAGCGCACUGCAAGACCAUCUGGAACAAGGCCUUCCCAUAA